GUGCAAGUAUUUUUCCAAAUAAGAGCAGUUAAAAAAAACACUUAAAUGAAUAGCUACUAGCUAUUGUAAUUCGGUAAUUGGCCUAUUGUUUCGCUAAACUUUAAAUGUGCCAAAGACACUGACACUUAUGCUCUUCUGGACAAUACGGAGAUACGGAGAAUCAUUUCCGAGCAUCGUGUUCGACAGUUGUGCCUGAGACAGGACAGACAGACGGAAUUUAUUGACAGAGCAUAAACUACUUUGCAGCUAUUUGGCAGCUUUUCAGUUAUUUAUGCAAAGCAAUAAAAAACAUGAAUUUCGUUCAGGUUUUUCGUUCACAUAAGUAAAAACAAAAAUCAAAAAAAAAAAAAAGAAAGAAAGAAAAUGUAAGUUACAUCUUAAAUUACGAGUCUUCUACCUUGAGCCUUUUGGUUAAGAAUUCAAAUGUCAUGGCAAAAGUCUUCAUAUUUGCCAUGGUUCAACAAUUAUAUACAGAGUAAAUCUGUUUGCGUUUGAAACUGUGCAAUGAUUUUAUUCUUUCAACCGUUAAAAUGUAAAGACCUUUUCAAUAUCCAGAAUAUAAUUCAAGUCCAAAAAGAUUGAAUAGAAAUCACUUUAACUCAAAAUAGAUGUUUUUAAUCUCAAUUCUUUCCAUUACUGGUGCUGGUAUUGCUUAUUAAGAUGCACAUUCAUUUGUCAACAGGUGUUUGGAAUUUUGUUUAAGUCGCUCAGCGUCGCCUCGCGAUUUAUUCGGACUCGGCGUCAGUUGCGUUGCGCCAACWCCGGAAGCAUUCUCUUAACCAAACAUUGCUAAACAUCAUAAUUUGGUGAGGAUAUUGAAUUUUAUUACAUUACUAUUGUCUUUUUUUAUUUUUUUUUUAGGAAUCAUUACAUUUGAAUUUGCUGAUUAAUSAGGAUUUUCUCUUCUCAGAGUCCCACAAGAUAAAGUUUAUGGAAGACUUUUUUUUUCACCCUCAAGUCAUUUGCCAUUCUUUUACUUUCAACUAAAUGACAUAACGGCUGAAUUCAAUAGUGCCUUUUAUGGAUUACUGUUCUUAUAGAAUUUUUUUUAUUAUUUUAAAGUUAAUAUAAAACUGACCACUAACGAAGAGCUUCAAAUUUCAUAUAUCGAAUGACCUACGCAAGGGUAACAGUGUUUAUUCAUAACUAGAUAGUUGUUGCUGUUUACUCAUCGGAAAAGCUGGCAAGAUACCUCAGUUUUAUCGCUUAUCAUCCAACAGCAUUUAUUUAUAUAUUGGUGUGUAGAACGACACGCUUGCUUGUGCAUAUCUGCGUGCAUUUUUAGACAUUUUCUUGCUAUUUUUGCUUGUAAUUUCGACUCUUAUAAAGAGGUGACUUCAGUGUCAAACACUGUACGUGAACUGAUAUGGAUUUCUACCGCUAUGCCUUGGUUGUUGCAGUUUCUUUUUCCUUUAGUGGGCUCCUGUGUUUAUCAGCAGGGCAGAACUCCUCCAAAUUCAGUGUUGCUUCUGGCGUCCACAGUGAACCAGUUAAAAUCACCAACGCAACGCUCGACUUUGUGGCAAAAGUCUUCCAACGAUUCUCUGAAAAUAAUACUCAACGAAUGACUGUCGAUGACUUUUCUCGUUUACUUGAAACUUUAAAGAUUGGACAAGUAUUUGAUGUUUCUGGCCAUGCAGAGCAUGUGGACAAAAAUACCCUAAAAAAAUUGAAAGCAGAAGGACAAGACGACCAUAAUGUUCACAGAAGGAGCGUUGAGUCGCAAAACGUCCAUGGCAAAAAGCUGAAUUAUCACUACCAGAGGUUCCACAAUAAUUGUUUAAGCAAAGACCGGCUGCUCGAGAUUCACCACAUCAGCAAGAACAAGGUGCUCGCAAUCGAUGAUUUCAUCCAGCUUUGUCCCUCGCUUGUCUAUGAAGUACAGAGUGGGAGUUGCUGGCAUGAUCCCGAAAGCGUAGCAAAAUUAAAAGGAGAUGGCGUUACUCUUCUUGUUUGGGCGUAUGGUAUUGCUUCGAUCACUGUCAUCAGCUUAUCAACACUWUUAGCCAUUGCUGUCAUUCCAUGUCUUGGGAAAGCUGUUUACAGCAAGGUCAUGUCUUUUCUCGUCGCCUUGGCAGUUGGAACACUGGCUGGAGAUGCAUUCUUGCAUUUGAUUCCACACGCGUUUUUAAGAGGCGUUCAUGAGAGAGAAGGGCAUGAUGAGGACCAUGCAAACCCCCUCUGGAAGGGCGUGGCCAUCAUGUCGGGAAUUUACUUGUUCUUUAUGAUCGAGUCUUUCAUGAAAGCCAGAAUGUCACAACAUCAACACCAACAUGAAAAAGAAGAGAAACCUCAAUUGGAAGAGAGAUGCGGAACGCCUCUUCCUAACGAUCCUUUAGUCAAUUCAACCGAUAUGGUAAACCAUAAUAAUUGCUCGCCACGUGACUGCGAYGAAGCCAAUCGUCAAACCAAAGGAGGCUUUACGAGUCCUAGUGCUGACAGUACGUAUAUGACAGACUUGUCUCAGUCUGAUGCAGGGUUAGAUAGUGACGGAGUGGUACAAUACAACGAAAGCAUCACUGUUAUCGAGAACAAGACCCAAUGGAAACCACCAUCAUUUUUYCCAGACGAUAUCGACGGCACAGUUCUUGUAGAAAAAGGAAGCCAUAUUGGUGACUCGUAUUCCUACACCACGUGUGACCCCCAUCAUUGCCACAACACAUCGCAGCUCAGCCCACCUACAGAUGUCAGCGUUGGAGAAUCACUCGACGAGACAGAUAAACCCGUUGUCAUGGAUGAUCAUCACCAUGGGCACCAUCACCAUGAAAAAUCGAUUGACAAAAAUACCAGCGUAGCAACGGUUGCCUGGAUGGUUAUAGUCGGUGAUGGGUUUCAUAACUUGAGUGAUGGCCUUGCUGUAGGUGCAGCCUUCUCUAGCUCAAUUACCACUGGUCUUACAACUGCUAUUGCUGUUCUAUGCCACGAACUUCCCCAUGAACUCGGAGACUUUGCCAUUCUUAUCAAAUCUGGAAUUUCCUUYCGACAAGCAAUAGCSUACAACCUGGCAUCUGCCUUUAUUUCAUACAUCGGCCUUGUGAUUGGAAUGGGUCUUGGCAACCUUGACACAUCACAUGUAUGGGUACUAGCGCUAACAUCAGGCUUGUUCCUGUAUAUAUCACUUGUCAGUAUGUUACCAGAAUUAAAGGUCUACCAAGAGAAAGGUGGUUUCACAGUUUUUCUUUCGCAAAACGCCGGUAUUCUUACGGGUAUUCUUAUUAUGUUGAUCAUAGCACUAUUUGAGAAGCACUAGUAAUAUGCCAUUUCACGGUUCUUUUUACCCUGCGAGAUAACAUUUUUGUGGAAAAUUCCUUUCCCUUUACCUUCUUUAUAUGAUAUCCGGCCCUAUACUAGUAGUAUGCAAACAAUAUACGGCUGAAAUAGUCGUGUAACUACUAGUAUAUAGAAAAGAGAAACAAAGCAACACUAGAAUGGUUUUAGACGUUGUAUAUUGUCGUCACUAUCUAUUCCAAAGGUAUUAUUACGUAGCACUCUGCUUCGACGAGUUACGACUUGCUUAAUGAGAACCGUGAAGUGGUGUAUUGUUUUACAUAGCAUAAACACAACAUUAUCUUACGUAAAUCUUACGUUAACAUAAUAACGACAAAAGCACAAGAGAGUUUUAGAUACGCGUUUACGGCGAACGCCAAACGUCAAAACUGAUCACGUGA